AUGUCGUCCUCUACCCCGACGAAGCAAGCGGCUAUCUCAUCGUUCUUCUCUCAGGCUAGUUCGUCUCCCGGUGGGACUCAGCAGCGGAAGCGACCUAGUGCCACGAUCGACCUAACUGCAGAUUCUGACGACGAGGCUGCUGCACCACCUCCUAAGAGGGCGAAGACCACCAGUACCUUCUUCACUGCAGAUUCAUCUCAACGUCAGCGGGAAGGCGUACCUUCUACCAGCCAGACGCGACCGGGUGGCCUGGCCGAACAUUGGCGCUUCGAACCUGGGUCGUCAACCCAGUCGACACGGCGCAAGACGAACGAACGCCACGAAAGGGCCAAGCGCAUUCUACUUGGUAAUCCUGGUAUUCUCACUAGAAGGCACACAGGCGAGGAACUCGAUGAGGAAUACCGUGAGGAACAGGACGAGUCGCAGACUGUGGCUGCUGCCACCGGCGAGCCAGACUCCGGAGAAGAAUCGGAAGGCCGAGGACAUCUGUUCUCAGAAAUGCAAGGAAUGUGGGCCAAUUCGAGCACAUCGAAGAGAAAGAGGAAAAAAGGGAAGGCUACUGCGCGGAGUGUACCAAGUCGGAAGAAGAAAGUAGAGGAGAUAGGUCCAAGCGGACUACCGUAUACUCCUUUGGAACUUCAGAUCCGGGAUUUGAUAGAACGAUAUCCUGGGACCCUCUUGAUGUUCGAAGUCGGCUACAAGAUGAUCUUCAACGGCGAGGAUGCAAGGAUAGCCUCCAAGGAGCUUGGAGUCGCCUGCUUCCCGAAGAGAAACUUUCUCAAUGCUUGGAUACCUCCGCAUAGGAAGCACAUCUACUUGCGAAAAUUGCUCUCGCGAGGCUACAAAGUAGGCAUAGUCGAGCAAACAGAGACAGCCGCUUUGAAGGCUGCCGGCGACAACAGGAACGAGUUGUUCAAUCGUGAAGUAACCCAUAUGUACACCGCUGCAACUUACAUAGAUGACAUCGACUCAGUAGACGAACUCGAUCCGACAUUCGCCCCGUCCUUGAUGUGCUUAGUCGAGGAACCUAUGGGUGGUAUGGGCUCCGAUGAAAAGGUCAGAGUGGGAGUGAUCGUCAUCUCCGCUAGCACUGGCGACGUGAUGUGGGACGACUUCGAGGAUAACCACAUGCGCACUGAACUAGAGACACGGAUGGUCCAUUCUAAACCUUACGAGCUCCUCCUUCCCGACGACAAGCUCAGCAAGGCAAGCGAGAAGAUGAUCGCACAUUUCACACAGAUCUCGAAUGCAGACUGGACAAACCCGGACCAUAAAAUCCGUACAGAGCGGACCAAGCAUGAUCUCUCCUACACCGAGGCCUUUUCAUAUCUUACAUCCUUCUAUACGGACAAAUCCAAGUCCGCUAUGGCAUCUGAAGGUUACAAUUCAGGCCAACUCAUGGCAACCGUCUCCGACUUUCCGAAGCUGGUUGCUCUUGCACUGGCUUACGCGGCGAAGUAUCUGGCAGCAUUCGGUGUGGCAGACUGUCUCCGCGAGACCAAAUUCUUCGCAAAACUCACAGAGCGCACUCACAUGCUCCUCAACAGUAACACGUUGACGCACUUGGAAAUCUACCGAAAUGAAACGGACUACACGACCAAGGGUUCGCUGAUGUGGAUUCUUGACCAGACGUCUACGAAAUUUGGCGCGCGGAUGCUGCGAAGUUGGGUCGGACGGCCGCUGGUCGACAUGAGGAUUCUGAAGGAACGAAUCGAGGCCGUGGAGGAGAUCCUGGCCGACGAAACACCGAAGUUGAUCCUCCUGCGCGAGUCAUUGAAGCGUCAGCCGGACCUUGCGCGGGGCUUAUGUCGCAUUCAAUACGGGAAGUGUACCCCGCAGGAAUUGUCUGUCCUGCUCCCCGCGCUCAGUAGGGUCGCGUCGACCUUUCAACCCAUAACGAGCCCUCAGGAUGCGUUGUUCAAGUCGCCGCUGCUCAAUGAGAUCGCGGCGGCCCUGCCAAAGCUGCGGGAACCGAUGCGAUACAUCCUCGACAAUGUCAAUCUCAAAGCAGCAAAGGAGGGCAAGAUGGAACUUCUAUGGGCAGAUCCAGACAAGUAUCCUAACAUAGAUGUGCACACUGCGAGUAUUCAGGUAGUUGAGUCGGAGCUCGUGGACGAGCUACGCAAGAUCCGAAGGACAAUCAAAAAGCCUGCGUUACAGUACACAACCGUGGCUGGCGAAGAGUAUCUUGUAGAGAUCGGGAAGAGCGAGAACCGUGACAUCCCUAUCAACUGGCAGCUGGUGUCCAGCACCAGGUCGGUGAGACGAUACCACACUCCAGAAGUCAGGGCCAAACUCCAAGAGCGUGCACAGUACAAAGAAUCUCUGACUGCCGAGGCGAACAAGGCGUACCAGUCCUUCCUGCAGGAGAUCACCCAGAAGUACUACGCCCUGUUCCGGGAUGCCGUAAACAAGCUGGCCGUCGGCGAUUGUCUCUUGGGCUUGGCGCGCGUAGCGCUGCAGGAAGGUUAUGUGAAGCCCGAAUUCGUAGAGGAUGAUGUGCUAGACCUGGUUGAGGGUCGGCAUCCAAUGGUGGAAGUGUUACGGUCUGAUCCCUUCGUCCCAAAUACAGUGUCGAUAGGUGGCGGACAGCCAAGCACCAAGAUCAUCACUGGCCCUAACAUGGGUGGAAAGAGCUCUGCGGUGAGAAUGAUUGCGCUUUGCGCCAUCAUGGCUCAGGUCGGUUCUUAUGUCCCAGCCCAGUCGAUGAGACUCUCUCCUAUGGAUGGGAUCCUCAUUCGAAUGGGUGCUUCUGAUGAACUGGCUCGCGGACGUUCGACCUUCAUGGUUGAGAUGCAAGAGACAAGUGAUAUUAUCCAGAUGGCUACCGCGCGAUCCUUGGUAAUCCUCGAUGAACUAGGUCGUGGUACGGCAACGUUUGACGGAAUGGCGAUUGCGAAUGCCGUCCUACAACACCUCGUACAGCAUACAAAAUGCAGGACUUUGUUCAUCACUCACUAUCCCCGAUUAGCUGUAGACAUGGAACGCAUAUUCCCUGCCGACGUUCAGAACGUACAUAUGGGUUACACUGAAGAGACCAGGAUUGACGGAACCCGAGAGGUCACAUUCUUAUACCGCCUCACCCCUGGCGUCACCGAGGAAUCGUUCGGCGUUGAAUGUGCCCGACUAGCUGGCCUGCCGGAGUCGAUAUUGCAAGAAGCUACCUCACAAUCGGCCGCCUUACGAGCCUCCACGGAAGGCAGGGUGCGGCGUAACAGGUCAGUAGACACGCGUACCUCAUUCGGCCUGGCCUCUCUCAUACGCGCUGUACUAGGAUCCGCAAAUGCCUUGGGCUAA